GUCUGACUGUUCCGGAAGUCUCGCGAGCGCUUUUGGUGACGCUGCAUACGGCGACAUGGCGCUCCUCCGUUUGGUCAGCAUUGUGGUCUCCAUCCUGGCUCUUGGAGCCUUAGCACUCAACCCAACCCACCACCUGACCGCUUCGGAUGUGGACAGACUUCGGAGUGUUCUGGAGCAGCCGUUCACAGACCUGAAGUCAGCGUACUUCUCGAUCGUUGGCCUGAGCAAGUUGGGAGCGUCCGUGCCUGACUCGGAUGAUGCUUGCAAUUUCAUUACGUCAAACCUGGAUACUUCAAGCAUUGAAUCUCUGUUUUAUGCUGCUGAGGCCAGUCGAGUGCUUUCCACUUGUGAGAUCCUUGUUUCGAACGAAACUCGGGAUUUGCUCCAUGCCGUUGUAAGUGAGGACUCAACCAUCUCGCAGAUCCACCAUGCCGUGGGUGCGCUCAGCUCUCUGGGACUCCCUUUGGCAUCACAAGAGGUGCUCAGUGCGCUUAAAGCACGCAUCGCAAAGGAGGACAAUGUCGUGGCCAUCAUGCAGGCUCUGCAGGCCGCCUCCCGUCUCUCUCAACAGACCGAACUCGGAGACAUCCUGGAGGAAAUCGAGGAUCUGGCUGCUCGGCUGGAUGACCUGGGGGGCGUGUAUUUACAGUUCGAGGAAGGUCUGGAAGCCACUGCACUGUUCGUGUCUGCAGCGUACGCUUUGUCUGAUUACAUGAACGUGGAGCCUCCGCUGAAAGAGGAUCAGGUGAUCCAGUUGGUGAACUCGAUCUUCACUAAGAAGUCGUGGGACUCUCUGUCUGAGGCGUUCAGCGUAGCCAGCGCCGCCGCCGCUCUCGCCAACAACCGUUUCCACAAACCGGUCAUCGUUAACGCUCUGGGCUCUGCGGCUGUCUCACACAGCCAGCCUCUGCUGCAGCUCCAGGUGACUGAUGUCCUGUGCCAGCCUCUGAGCUCGGCUAACGUGCUGGUGGAAUCGGCCACCUCUGUGUCCUCCAACGCUGUAGUCCUGAGUCAGACCCCCUUCACCCUACACGAUGAUAUUUUUGAGCUGAACUUCAUGGCCGGCCAGCCUGCUAGCGGUUACUACCAGUUCUCCGUGGCAGUCACCAGAGACAGCCGUCUGGUGGGCAACCAAAUUGACCUCAAGGUAAAAGUCUCCACCAGGGUGGCCAUCAACAACAUGGACUUAUCUGUGGUCGACAAGGACCAGAGCAUCGGCGCUAAAACCACUCGAGUGGAAUACCCAAACAAAGCCAAGACCUCCUUCUUGGCCGACAGCCACCAGAACUUCGCUAUGACUUUCCAACUGGUGGAUGAAGCCACUGGAGUGGAGCUCACGCCUCACCAGACCUUCGUCAGGCUGCAUAACCAGAAGACCGGGCAGGAGGUGGUGUUUGUGGCCGAGCCAGACAGCAAGAACCUGUACAAGUUUGAGCUGGACACAGCUGAGAGAAAGACCGAGUUCGACUCCAUCUCAGGAACCUACACGCUGUACCUGAUGGUGGGAGACGCCACGCUGGAGAACCCAGUUUUAUGGAACGUGGCGGACGUUGUUCUCAAGUUCCUCGAUGAAGAGGCUCCCUCUACGGUUCAGGCAAAGAACCUGUAUGUUCCCAAACCAGAGAUUCAGCAUAUGUUUCGUGAGCCAGAGAAAAGACCUCCUACUGUCCUGUCCAACACCUUCACCGCACUUGUCCUCUCCCCCUUCCUGCUGCUGCUCAUCCUGUGGUUCAAGUUGGGUGCCAACAUUUCCGGCUUCAGUCUGUCCCCAAGCUGUGUGCUGUUCCACAUUGGCCAUGCUGCCAUGCUGGGCCUGAUGUACGUGUACUGGACUCAGCUGAACAUGUUCCAGACUCUUAAAUACCUGGCCAUCCUUGGAAGCCUUACGUUCCUGGCUGGGAACCGCAUGCUGGCCCAGAAAGCAGUUAAAAGACACGAAGCUAAAUGAUCACGGAAAGCAGUCGUGAGGAGACUGGAGCUUCAUUUUGUUCUCGUCUUUUCUUUAUUUAAGUGAAGAAAUCUGGCACAAAAGCAUUUCGAUGGAAGCUUUCUGACAAGGCUGUGACAGCUCACGACAGUUUAUUGGACCGUUGCAAAAAAAAUCAAAUCAAAUCUGAAAAACUGAACGCAGUUUGAGGUUUUCAUUGCUUUUCUUAAAAAAAAAAAAAAUGCACCUGAAUGCACUGUAAGUGAUCCAUUGGGGUUUUGACGUGAUCGUUGCUGGUUUUUCUCACAGCAAGCUGUAAAAGCUGUGAAGAUUCUUCCUUUUGUGGUUGUAAUUUGUUUCCCAGAUUCUCUUUCAGAAGAGGUUUUGGAUUUUUGUUUGAUCAGGUUUUUUAUUUUAUGUCUGUACGGACAGCACGCAUGCUGAUUUUUACAGCUCAUAUCACACUGAACGCUCAUCUCACCGAACCAUGGUUUUGUAAAGAAAACUUUAAAAUUAAAAAAAAGGAAAAAAAACAAACUCGUGUUUUUUUUUUUCUUCUUUUCCCCCUUUAACUUUUUAAAUAACUGUCGCUAAAAAUAAUUUUGCACAUGACUGUUUUGUGUGAUAUCUCUCUCACUCUCUCUCUCACACACACACACACACUCACACACACACACACACACACACGUUGUAUUGGAUAGAUUUAUUAAACCGAUGAAGCAGUUUG